CGGCCAAUGAGCGUGUGGCGGGCGGGGCCGGUGCCCACCAACAUGGCGAAGACCUACGAUUACCUGUUCAAGCUGCUGCUGAUCGGCGACUCGGGCGUGGGCAAGACCUGUGCCCUGUUCCGCUUCUCCGAGGACGCCUUCAACGCCACCUUCAUCUCCACCAUCGGUAUCGACUUUAAAAUUAGAACGAUAGAGCUCGAUGGCAAGAGAAUCAAACUGCAGAUCUGGGACACAGCUGGGCAGGAGCGAUUCCGAACCAUCACAACCGCCUACUACAGGGGAGCCAUGGGCAUUAUGUUAGUGUAUGACAUCACCAAUGAAAAGUCUUUUGAAAAUAUUCGGAACUGGGUGAGGAAUAUUGAAGAGCACGCCUCUCCAGAUGUUGAAAAAAUGAUCCUGGGGAACAAAUGUGAUGCAAAUGACAAAAGACAAGUCUCUAGAGAGCAAGGGGAGAAGCUUGCAGCAAGUUUUGGGAUUAAAUUCAUGGAGACCAGUGCAAAAGCAAAUAUAAACAUAGAGAAUGCAUUUUUCACUCUUGCAAGAGAUAUCAAAGCAAAAAUGGACAAGAAGUUGGAAGGCAAUAGCCCACAAGGCAGCAACCAGGGAGUCAAAAUCACACAAGACCAGCAAAAGAAAAGCAGCUUUUUCCGAUGUGUUCUUCUGUGAGGGACACGGCCUUAAUCUGAGCUGGACUGUGCCUGUGCUAAGUGAGGUUUCCUCUUUCCAUGGACUUAGUGCUCCUAGCAUACCUUGUCACUUUGUGACCAUCUGAAUAAGAAAUGCUUUAUUUUGGUAAUUGUCUGACUCUUCAGUUUUGGAGAUGAAACAAGUUUAUUUUUGUCAGAUUGCCACUGGGUAUGUGUAUUGUCUAGCAGAGGAAGAACAGAUACACAUGUGAGAUGCAGCACCAUUGCUGACAGACUUCCAUCUUCAUUCGUAUCUGUCAUGUAUCCAGUUUAGAAAGAUGAAGUUAUGAUCAAAAUAAGAAACUUAAAUGCCACUGUUAAUGAAGUACAGGUGUGAUAUGUGGUAUAUGUGCAUAUCCAGUGUGUAGCUGUACACAGAACAGUGGCGUGAGACCAUCCCAGAAAUGCACCAAGGUGAGCAGUGCAGGCUGAUGCUUUUGCAGGAGUGGUACAAGGGAGCUUUCUGCAGCUCCACCUCUUUACUACUACAGAGAAACUUCUUUAUCUCCUUUAUCAGUUGUGUUACUCUAGACAAUCCACAAGUACGAUUGAAGUUUUAAAAAAUUCUCCUCAAAAGAAUCUCUAUUUUUUUUAAAAAAAGAAUGUGUGUUGUAAAUAGAAUGGGUCCUUACCAUUGCUAAUUCAUCCAUAUUAGACUUAACUGUGCUUAAUUAAGUACUCCAGACAUUCAGAUGUGUUUAACAGGAGCUGAUGGCUACACUGAGUCCUGUACAGAUGAUCUGUCAUCUGUUCUUGGAGAACCAGGGUCAAGCAGGGACACUUACACAAAAUCUGUCACCUUAGAAUGGGUAGCUUUACCACUCUCCAGCUGGAAAUGACUCUAGACCUAUCAUGACACAGUAGGUAGUUUUAAAUCAUGACAAGGAAACAUAUUGCACUGCUCCCAUUUGUGUGUUCCCAAGCACACUUGCUCAGAUAUGCAAAUAAAUGUUGCACAUCAGAACACUUUAUGAAAAGAGAGUUUAUCUCUUAGACUGAGACUGGCCUUGCUGCUGUGUGUUAGUCACUGCAGCUGUCAGGCAGCAACAGCCUGUUCACAGGACAUGUCAGUGCACAUUCUUCCCCAGAAGCAGUCUGUUAGUCAUUCCCAGAAACCCAGUCCAGUGUAUUCUGAUGUGUGAAAUACAAGAGCCAGGCACAGCUCCUCAGUGGGUGGUUGCUCCCAGGUCAGGGGCUGUGAGCCUGCCUCUGGCUUAGACUGACAAAAGGAGGCAGUAAGAGCAUCAGCUUCCGAGGCUGCUGUCAUCACUGGAUUGCAGUGAUGGUGUACCUGCCUCCAGUGAACACACUAGCUGUGUACUGCAGCUCGCUGGAACUGAAACAUGCUUUGUUUACAUUAUCAACUGCACUUAAGGGUAAAAUUAAAGUUGAUUUUGAAGUUAUUGAAUUUACUCACCAGCUUUGUUUUCUUUUGUUUGUGGUAUUGAACUCUGGGCCUCAGAGUAGCACCUAGUAAGUGCUGCUGUAGUUAGAUAUCUGUUGGAGUCACAAUUAAACUGUAUAAAUCUUCAGCAUGCAAUUGGGCCCAACAGGAAUGUGGCCUGUUUUAAAAUGGAAAAAGAUUUCACUGUGUAAGUUUAUAAAAAUGCAUUUUUAGAUGCAUUUAGAUGAUCUCUGUCCUGAUUAAAGCUUUCCUCUAACCAGAACCUUAUGAUGGUUUGAUUUUUUUGUUUACUUGUGGCUUUUUAGCAUGAGGACUUGAUGAACGUGCCCUGUAGUGGAUUGACACACUGAUGUAUUUGUAGGAUAAAACCAUGUUAAGUUACUGAAGAGGCUUCUAGACAGUGUGUGCUUCAGAGUGUAGUUAACACAGACCACAGACUGGACAAGCAGCACCCCUAUCUUGAGCUAAGGAGUUUUUUAAAGAGUUUGUGUGUGCUUCAAGAAAUGAUUGAGGCACAGCUGGGGUGGUGAUAAGACUGGCUAGAUUUCCUACAUCACUGUAACCAUUUGCUUCUGGCUUAGUAAUAACUGUGGAUUGUCUUGCAUCUGUCUUGUGCUUUAUACAGCCAGAUGUUGAGCCAGAUUUAUUUUCCAGAGAGACUGGAAAAAUUGGCGUUUUAUCUGACUUGAUAGCAUGGGUCUGCCAUGAUACUGGUUCUUGCUUGUGGACUGUAUCAAUAACUGAUCUCAAGAUGGGAAAGCAAACCAUAUUCAUUUACAAGUGGGUAAAAUAUGAAGGAUAGUAUUGUGAUUUUUCACUCUCUAAAUCUGAAGUUACUCUUGCAUUCAGAAUUAUUUGUAGUGAAUACCUUCUGUUUAAACUUACGCUGGUUGUUGCAUGUGAUUAUGUGCCUAAUUAUAACAUUAUUUCCUUUGAAAUGGUUGGGUUUACGAACAACAACAUUAUUGCUUGAUCUCAGGAAGUCUCAUACAGUUACUGUGACUACAGUCAUCACUGUACUUCUGGAUAUGAAGGCUCUACACAGACAUGAAAUCUGUAAGCAAUGUGAAACCUAAAAUUCAAGUGUAAGAGGAAAAGGUUAAAGACACUGCAGUGCGCUUGGGCUUAGCUAUGUGUCACUAAACACAGGCGUUAAAUCUAAGAGAAGUGCAGUUUGGUUCCAUCACAUCAUUCAAUUACUUUAUUGUGUUUAUUAAAUAUGAAUGUAAAGAAAAAUGCAAUUGUCAGAGAGGUACUGUGUAGAUACAUAGAAAAAUCUACUUGUGUCUAAGCUUUCUUCAAGUAUAGAGGAAAAAAGAUCGGAAAUUGGGUACAAAAUCUGUAAAACUGGGGCACUGAAGGAAUUGAAACUAACUGUGCUUACUACUCAUUCUCAGUGUCUAAAUAGCACUAAAAUGUCAGGUAAUCGAUUAACAUCUGUUUUGUAGAGAAACAAACCCAUUUUUUAGCAUGUUCUCAAAUUCCCUUAUAUUAUUGAGUAUCAUGGAAUCCUGUGGUUGAUUUUAUUAUUGAGGCAGGUUGCAGUAUUUUGCAUAGUCGUCACUCCUUGGGGUGGAGACCUGUCAGUCUGUCAAUAAGUGGUGGAGCUGUUGUUCUAACGCUUAACACUGAUGUUGUCUGUGUCCUGUACUGACAGGCACAGCCCAAGUUUCCUGACAUCAGAACCUUAUGCCAGCAUCAGACUUCCAGCCUCAGAUUUAUAAAUCCUAUGGAUUAUUGUAAGUCUCUUUACUGCUGCUGAAAAUUAUUUGGUCUCUCCUUUCAUAUGAGAUGCUGAUAUGCACAAGCAGCUGUGUGAGGAUGGGCUCCUUUGUACUUGUAGAAGUUGUGGGGCUUGGGGAAGAAUGAUGACUAAUUUGUGUCUUCAUUUCUAGCUUAAUUAAAGAUCUGUUCAAAAGAACGUGAAUGGUAACUGCAGUCUGAGUGUUCCAGGCUGCCUUAUUACCUGACCCAUCCUUCACUGAUCCCUGGAGGUUUUGUGGUUAAUAAAGGUAACUGGCUGGUUAACUGGUCACUCCAGCCUUUCUGCAGGAAUCAUCUGCUCUACAUUGAGUGUGAGUUGGGACUUACAGCUUUGUUUUGAAGGGAGUUUAAUGCAUCCCAAGAUUUGUAAAAAUAACUGUAAAUUGUAUUUUUGAAUGAUCACUUUUGGCUGCCACCCUUUCCACAUUACAACUGCUUUCUUAAACACUU